GGUCUUGUGACUGAGAACGGUCGUCGUGCUUGUUUGAUGCAAAAGUGGCCGAAGAAUAAUCUCCACACCCCCUUCCUUAUUCGAUCUCUCUCGACGUUUAACGCCGCAACCGGCGACCAUUACUUCAUCCAUCCUGUAAGUGCUCCCAAACAUAAUCAACACUUAAUCAUCGAUAUAAGUCUGUUAAUCUACGCCCUUCGAAAUGUGUUGCAAUCUCCCUAUGCUUUCAUGUCUAUCGAUUGAUUGAUUGAAAUACCCAGAUCUUGUCUCCGUUUAUUUAGGAAAUUGGGUUAAAUGGCUGGUGGUGGUAGGGGAAUUUACCACUUGCUUAGGAGCAGCAGACUUCAUUCUCAUUCCACUGCCCUUCCAGUUUUGUCAUCUCUAACUCCAAAGAAGGAUCAAGAUGCUUCCGGAACGAAGUCCCUUAGGGCAUUAGCACUUCUCGGAGCAGGUGUUUCAGGGCUUUUGAGUUUCACAACAAUAGCAUCUGCUGACGAGGCUGAACAUGGCUUAGAGUGUCCAAGCUAUCCUUGGCCCCACGAAGGCAUUCUCAGUUCAUAUGACCAUGCUUCGAUCCGACGUGGUCACCAAGUGUACACACAAGUAUGCGCAUCAUGCCAUUCGAUGGGUUUGAUUUCGUAUCGUGACUUGGUGGGUGUGGCGUACACAGAAGAGGAAACAAAAGCAAUGGCUGCGGAAAUUGAGGUUGUUGAUGGUCCUAACGAUGAGGGUGAGAUGUUUACCCGCCCUGGCAAGCUCAGUGAUCGGUUUCCUCAACCGUACGCAAAUGAGCAAGCUGCUAGAUUUGCUAAUGGUGGGGCCUAUCCUCCAGACCUCAGUCUUAUCACCAAAGCUCGUCACAAUGGACAGAACUAUGUAUUUGCACUUCUGACUGGCUACCGUGACCCCCCUGCUGGUGUUUCGAUCAGGGAAGGUCUGCACUAUAAUCCUUAUUUUCCUGGGGGCGCUAUUGCAAUGCCUAAAAUGCUUAAUGACGGUGCCGUUGAGUAUGAAGAUGGCACUCCUGCAACAGAGGCUCAGAUGGGAAAAGACAUCGUUUCAUUUUUAAGCUGGGCUGCAGAACCAGAAAUGGAGGAAAGGAAACUGAUGGGAUUUAAGUGGAUAUUUGUACUGUCACUGGCCUUGCUUCAAGCUGCAUACUACAGGCGUUUGAGGUGGUCGGUUCUCAAGUCCCGUAAGCUUGUUCUUGAUGUUGUCAACUAGAAUUCUAUUGAUUCCUCUUGGUCAAAGGUUUGUGACCAGACUUUGGAUGAGAAAUAAUUAUUUUUUUUACUGUAUAAGAACACUAUGCGUUUCGGCCUUCUGCUUCUAUAUGUAAGGUGUGUUUUUGUAAUGUGAUAAUAGUACUGGUUUUUUUUUUUUUUUUUGGAACUUGAAACCAAGGAAUAAUGGAGUCUUUUAUUACGUGUGUUGUUUUAAUUCAGCUGAACUGAUCAAAUCAAUGAUUUGCAAUUUAAAUA